AAACUACAGAACGGUCGCAACUAUUCAGUCGCAUGCAGACCCCGGGCUAAACAGAUAGCGGUGAUCGACAGUAUCAGAGUACCUGCUCUGACGUUAUCAGCCUCUUGUGAUAUAAUGAUCUCGAUAAAAUUCACCUCCUCCAUCAGUUUAGCUUAUUUCUGCCGCGGAUCGCUUAGGGGUGCAUUGCGGUCGAAAUGAAAUUAGCUCUAAGACUAGUCCUGUGCGCUCUGGCGGUGGCCAGCGCCUCGGCUCUCUCAAUCUCCUUGAGACGAGAUCCGGAGACGCUAUGCGCGGGACAGGAGAACUUCCUACGCAUAGCCAGCACCGAAGGCUGCAGCGCGUACUACCAAUGCUACGCCGGCCGAGCUUACCUGAUGGAAUGCCCAAAAGACUCCUGGUUCAACGAAUUGGAACAGGUGUGCGAUUGGACAGAAGCACCAGCAAGCUGCCGGACCGACCCAGAACCGGAGCCAGAACCUGAACCAGAACCUGAACCUGAGCAACCUGAGCCAGAACCAGAACCUCAACCAGAACCUGAGACAGAACUAGAACCUCAACCAGAACCAGAGCCAGAACCUGAACCAGAACCAGAACCUGAAUCAGAACUAGAACCUCAACCAGAACCAGAGCCUGAACCAGAACCUGAACCAGAACCUGAGACAGAACCUGAGCCAGAACCAGAACCUGAGUCUGAACAAGAACCCGAGUCUGAACUAGAACCCGAACAAGAAUCUGAAGAUCAAGACCGAGUAGAAGAACCGGGCUCUGGUGAAGAUUGGGAAGCAGAUGCUGUCAUCAAAUUCUUGAAGGCAAGAUUACAAGACAACUCUGAAGAGGAGCUGAUCGAAAACAUAGAGGAGCGACUCGACGUGGAUGAUCAUCAUCACCCCCAUCACGGCCAUGGCCACGAUCACCACCAUCACGGCCAUGACCACAAUCACCACCAUCAACACGGCCACGAUCACGACCAUGAUCAUGACCACGAUCACGACCAUGAUCAUGACCAAGAUCACGACCAUGAUCACGAUCAUGACCACGAUCGCGAGCACGAAGACGACCACGAUCAAGAUCACGACCACGACCAUGAGCACGACCAUGACCAUGACCAUGAUCACGACCAUGUUCACGAUCAUGACCAUGAGCACGAUGAUGGUGAAGACUAUGAACGCAACCACGCACUUAGAUUCCAGGAAGAACUUGACGAGGAAUCUGAACAAGAAGAACUAGAGACCUUAAUGCGUGCUCAAGAGGAAACUGAGGAUGUCGACGGUGAGGAACCAGAAGAAGAAAGCCGCAAAAAACAACAGGAAGAUAUCGAAGGAGAGGAAGAGGAAGAUGUAGAGGAUGAAGAAGACGAGGAUGCUUUGAAUAGGCAAGAAGAGGUCGAAGAUGAAAUCGAAGACCAGGAAGAAACUCGCCAAAAGCGGUCAGCGCAAGAGGAAGCUGAAGAUGAAGAUGUGGAGGAUGAGGAACCCUUGAAGAGGCAAGAAGAUCUAGAGAAUGAAGAAGAAGAUGAGGAAGCUCUAAAGAGGCAAGAAGAGGUCGAAGAUGAAAUCGUAGAUCAGGAAGAAACUCGCAAGAAGCGGUCAGCGCAAGAGGAAACAGAAGAUGAAGAUGUGGAGGAUGAGGAAGCCUUGAAGAGGCAAGAAGAUCUAGAGGAUGAAGAAGAAGAUGAGGAAGCUCUAAAGAGGCAAGAAGAGGUCGAAGAUGAAAUCGAAGAUCAGGAAGAAACUCGCAAGAAGCGGUCAGCGCAAGAGGAAACAGAAGUUGAAGAAGUGGAGAAUGAGGAAGCCUUAAAGAGACAAGAAGGCGAAAAUGUAGAAGAGGCUGAAGAACAGGAAGAGAGCCGAAAGAAGCGGUCUAUCCUACAGUACGAUUACAACGAACAAGACGAAGAAUGGAAGAGGGCACAAGAAGAAGCUAAUAUCCUCGAAAGCGACGAAGAGGAGGAAAUUAAGAGGCAAGAAGAAGUAAUUGAAGAGAAUGAGGAUUCAGAAGAAUCUGACGAAGGUUUCUUCCAUCGCUUUUUCUUUUAAUUUCGUGGCUUUAUAAAGCACUUCCUAAUGGAAUGUCCUUUUAAAUGCCGUAGAAAGUUGUAUUUAAUGUUUUUUAUUCAUGUAAA